AUGCAUCUCAACGACAGUAGCUCGGCCACUUUGGAUGAUGCGACCACGCAACUGGAUAUAGUGCAACCCGCAAUACCUGCACAAAUGUCGGACCGACCUAUAGAAGCUAAAAUCUCACACGAAAAUGAUUGGUACAAUCAAGAUUUCGAAGGCUUUAGAGUAUCUGAACACCCUUUAUACACAAAGCGUCACCUUAGGAUUGUUUGCGUGGGAGCGGGCGCUACUGGUCUUCAAAUUGCGUACAAAGCUGAACGAAUACUUCAGAAUGUCGAUUUGCAGAUUUACGAGAAAAAUAACGACAUCGGUGGCACUUGGCUCGAGAAUAGAUAUCCCGGGUGUACUUGUGACAUUCCAUCACAUGCAUAUCAAUUUACCUGGGCAAGAAACUCAAACUGGUCCCAAUUUUACUCGUCUUCUCAGGAGAUUUGGCAGUACUUCAAGGACAUUGCAACCAAAUUCAACCUCGAGAAAUACAUCCAGUUCAAGACAGUUGUUAAAUCGGCUGUCUGGCAUGAGGCCCGCGGUCAGUACGAACUGAAGAUACGCAAUGCAGAUGGAGCCCAAGUCGUGGACUGGUGUGAUGUCCUAAUCAGCGGCUCUGGCAUUUUAAAUUCGUGGAAGUACCCUGAUAUCCCGGGCCUUGACACUUUCAAAGGCAAACUUAUGCAUAGUGCCAAAUGGGAUGAGUCUUAUGAUCUUACUGGCAAGAAGGUCGCUGUCAUUGGAGGCGGUUCGUCUGCUGUCCAGCUGAUCCCCUCCAUCCAACCCAAAGUCAAGCACCUAAAGGCAUUUCUCCGAUCUCCAGUAUGGAUUACCACUGGGUUCGGCGCCAAAUAUGCUGCGAAGGACGGCACAAAUUUCCAAUACUCAGAAGAACAAAAGAAACAAUUCGAGGAAGACUCUGAGAGCUACAAUCAAUACUGCCGUGAUGUCGAGGGGGAGCUCAACAAGAGAUUCUCCUUGAUGCAUACUCAAGACAAGGACCAGCUGGACUCACGAUCUUCCACGAUGGCGAUGAUGACGGAACAAUUGAACGGAGAUCCCACGUUGACCAAGCGGAUGAUUCCCGAAUUCGCCCUGGGCUGUCGUCGUAUGACACCCGGAAGUGGAUACUUACAGUCCUUAACGAAAGAAAACGUCGAGACCAUCCACAAAUCGGUGAUCAGACUGACAGAGACCGGGAUCGUUGACGAGUCUGGUACUGAGCAUGAGGUCGAUGUUGUUAUCUGUGCCACAGGUUUCGAUACUUCCUUCACACCUCAUUUUGACCUGACUGGUCGCGAUGGUGCAAAUAUCAAAAAGCAAUUUGGUGACUUCCCCGUGGGAUAUCUAGGGGUUACAGUCGAGAACUUUCCUAACUUCUUUCUUCUCAUUGGGCCCAAUGGCCCAACAAGUCACGGCUCACUCCUACAGGUAUUAGAGUGGUACACCCGUUACGCAUUUCAGGUUAUCGAAAAAUUCCAAACUGAAGGAAUCAAAACAUUUGAGCCCAAGAAGAGUGUGAUCAAAGAUCACUAUAAUUAUACCCACGAGUUCAUGAAGCGAAUGGUAUGGUCCUCAGGUAAGCGAACUCGCAUGUUGAUAAUAGCAGUUUAUAUUGACAAGAAUGUACACCCAGCCUGUAGAUCUUGGUUCAAGAAUGGCAAAGUCCAUGGUCCUGUCACAGCUAUCUAUCCGGGUAGCCGGCUACAUUUCUUUGAAUUGCUGAAACAGGUGAGGUGGGAGGAUUAUGAGCUUACUUACCUUUCGAAGAACAGAUUUCAGUUCCUCGGGAACGGGUAUACCCACUGUGAGAUUGGCGACGACACUGAUUCAGUCUGGUAUCUUGAUGAUCCAUUCAACAGGGUCUGA